AUGCCCCAAAGUAGCUCCUCUGGGUCUGCUGCGGGCCCUGCUCGCCGCAAGUAUCUCGCCCGGGUUGUGGUCUUGUCGAUGGGCUUUCUGCUCAUCUUCAGCGCCUUCAGCACCAUCCAGACGCUCAUGUCCACGGUUCUAGACACCCAGCUGGCCUUUUGGACGCUCUCGAUCCUGUAUCUCUCGUUUGGCAUCUCCAACUUUGCCCUUGCCGGUCUCACAGUCGAGCUGCUCGGAGUCAGAUAUGCUCUGGUUCUCGGGGCGCUCCCGUAUAUCUUGAUGGAUGUCGCCUAUGUCAUCGCCAUUGAUAGCCCCGACCAACUCAGCCUGCAGUACAAGCUUUUGAUCCCUGCUGCGGUCCUCGUUGGCAUAGCCUUGACCUCGAGUGACCGAGACAACCUAUGUGUCAAGACUGGACAACGGGGCAAGCAGGGAAGUGCGCAAGAGUCCUAA